AUGACUGAAGAUAUCAGUAAAAAGAGAAGAAGUCGUGGUGCUUAUGUUGGUGUUUUUAAGAAAAUUGUUAAUGAAACUGUGAAACCUAUUUAUGAAAGGUUUGCUUUGAAAGAUCAUGGUGCGGUACUCUUAUCCAGUUAUGAUUUACUGGAAGCUAAAUUAUUGAACGUAACAACUAUUCAAAAUGAAAUUAAUGACUUAAUUGAGCCAGAGAAUUUAGCUAAUGAAAUGAUGUCACACUUGGAAUUUGAGCAGUAUGCUGCGAAAGAGUUAACAACAUUGAAAAAGUUUCUUGACAAGCAUGUGUUUGAAAAUGAAGGCAAUGUUUCUGUUACUUCUUCUGAUUGGUCUGGAAACUCCAGCGUGAGGGAUCGAAUUAAACUUCCGAAACUUGAGCUGAAAAAGUUUAACGGUGAUCCUUUGCAAUGGAAGUCCUUUGACGAAUCUUUUGAGUGUGCGAUACAUGAGAAUGAAUCUCUUUCUUCUGUCGAAAAAUUGACGUAUUUGACAAAUCUUUUGUCGGGCUCGGCAGAACAAACAAUCAGCGGUUUAUCGUUAUGUAACGAAAACUAUGAAAUUGCGCGAGAUCUUUUAAAAGAACGAUUUGGUGAUCCACAAAUCACUGUGUCAGCUCAUAUGAACAAACUUUUGACUCUUGAAAAUGUAAAAAGGUUCGAGAGAUAUUAA